AAAUUUCAGCCCAUAAGCUUCCAUUCAGUGAAAUCCGGAGUAACAGGGAAUUAUUUAAAGAAGUCUUGAAGGGGAGGCGUCCCAAUCCAUUUUCAGAAGACACUACAGAACAGUAUAAAACAAUAGUUACGCAAGCCUGGGAUCAGGAUCCUGAUAAGUGUCCAAAAAUUAAUGAAUUAAGAAAACAACUUGCUUGCCUUCGCACAG